AUGGAUAAGUUGUAUGUGACUCUGAAACCUGGGAUGCUAUACCUCCUUCCGACAACGACAGACACAUAUCAGUUGGACACAGUGUCAUACACUGGAGAGAACGAAAUGGUUUUAUUCGUCAACCGUCCUGGUGAUGUUCCCAAACGCAUCUGCCGGAUGGUUAACCCUGGAAUGACUACACUUUCUUUUCAAGUCUCUGAGAAGGUUUCCUUUUCAUUUAAAGGAAAGGGAUCUUGUUAUUUGACUUUCACUAAUUUGGGUGACCUCUCCCAUGGUAUUACAACAUCUUACAUGUGUGACAAAGUUAAAGUAAAUGAGGUGGAAGAUGUUAAGAAGAUAGCACAAGUCAUCAAAAAGGAAAACAUUGUUUAUCUUUAA